AUUCGAUACGCACUUCAGACAGUCAAAUACUAAAACAAAUUUAAUUUAUGUGUCAGUUUCUAGCUGCUGUCAGGCCGGCUAACAUGAAAGGAUUGUAUAUUAUUCUGUGUUUGUUACCUUCUUUGGAAUGUGGUACCUCACGCUGUAGGCGUUCAAUAAAGCCUCUGGGAAUGACUGUGUUGUAUGAGUCCCUAUGUCCCGACAGCCAAGAAUUCCUAACAAGAUUCUGGCCAGUUUUUCGGGAUUACCAUAACUGCAUUAAUCUAACCUUGGUCCCGUACGGAAAGGCCAGACCGGCAGGAAGGGGACAUGCAUGCCAACACGGCCGACCAGAGUGUUGGGGCAAUCGGAUGCAGGACUGUGCUCUACACUCCAAUUUAAAUCAGUUAAAGCAAAUGCAAUUUAUCACUUGUCAGAUGCAAGACCUCCAGCUGGUGAGAAGAAGGAAUUUCAAGUGCGCCAAAUCCUUGAAUAUCGUUAAGAGCGUAAGGCAAUGCAUGAAACCGAACGGCCAAGGUAAUGAUCUUCAGGCCGAGGCCUCGAGAAUAACGAGUCAAUAUGCAUUUAACGAAAUACCUGCAAUUAUCUACAAUGGAGUACUUGAUGACGACCUGCAGGCGGCUUCCAACAACAAUUUACGUCAAACUCUUUGCGAAAUUAUGGUAAAAACUAAACAUUUAUUACCUCAUGAUUGUUAGACCUAUUAGCUGGCCGUUAAAUUGCAAUUUUACACCUAGCUUCGAUACCCUACAGCUAGCUCGAGCUUGGCUCGAAGCAUUAUUCCAAUAAAGAGAAUAUUUUUAGAUA